AUGAACAAUGUGAAGUAUUUUUUUCUUUUUGUUGGAAUUUCAAUUGUUGUCAGUUUUAACAUCAACGAACAAACGCGGAAGCAUUUACAUGACGCUUGUAAAGCAGCAAAUGAAGAUAUUCAUAAAAAUGAAAUGCUUAAGGAACCACAAAUCACAGACCCACAAACUCAUAUACCUUCGUCAUCAGUUGUUUCAGCAAAUGCGUAUUUUGUUCUGCCUUAUCUGUUGUUCGAUCCCAUCAACCAAUUCCCAUUCCUUUUCACUAAUGCAAAGACAAACCUGCUAUGUCCAUUGUGUAAUAGAGCCGGUCUUCACCAGAAUGUGAUAGAUUCAGAUCAGUGGGAAAAUGGAAAAACUGCGCGCCUUCAACCACGUUUAAUUCAUGACAUAGCAAGUCCCUUCUUCCUGGUGAGCAAAUUGUAUAGCUGUGGAAAUGGACCUAGAGAAAUUGCAGCGUGCGAUCCUGAUUUGGUAAAACAGCUUCCAGAUGCUUUUGUUAACUUUGUAACAAGUCAUAAGUCUCCUGACAAAAAGCCUGAUUCAAUUAUGUGA